CAUCCCCAUCCCGGCCGAUCCUCAUUUUAUCAGUCCACUUCCACUGGCACACUAGCUCCGCCAUGGCGUCGCCGAAGCACAAUCCGACGACUUGCAAGCAGAUCAAAAAGAAGCAGCGGCCGCUGGUGCUGCGGCGCGCGAUGCUGCAUUCCUGCGCGUGCUUCCUGGUGGGCCUGGUGACCGGCCUCGCCCCUUCCGACUGGGCCGACGCCGCCUCCCGCGCCGCCGCCGACGCCAACACGAACCUACUCUCGAGGGCGGCCCGCGCCAUGAACCACACGGAGGCGCUGCUCACGACGCACUACCAGCUGCUCUACCAGCAGCCGCCUCAGCAGCAGCAGCAGGGGCAGGAGCAGCAGCAGCGCCAGGUGCAGGUGGUUGUCAUCGUCAUCACGACGACGGCGGGCUUUUCGUCGUCGGAUCGCGAGCGUCGGUCGGCGGGUCUGACGCGCACGGCGCACGCGCUCCGGCUGGCGUCUCCCCCCGUGGUGUGGCUGGUGGUGGAGGCCGCGCGGGAGGCGGCUCCCACGGCGGCCCUGCUCCGGCGCACGGGGGUGCUCUACCGCCACCUCACCUACGCCGACAACUUCACCUCCUCCGACUCCGACGACGCCUGGGAGGAGGAGCGCCACCACCAGCGGAACGUCGCGCUGGCCCACAUCGAGCAGCACCGCCUGCGCGGCGUCGUGAUCUUCGCGGGGCUCGCCGACGUCUACGACAUACGCCUCCUCGAGAACCUCCGCCACAUAAGGACCCUGGGUGCGUGGGCCGUGGCCACAGUGUGGCAGCAGCAGAGGAGGGUGGCCGUGGAAGGGCCCGUCUGCGUCCGCAACACCACCACCGCCGCCGCCGCCGCCUGGUUCUCCUCUUCCACCAGCAGCACGUCGGACUCCGUCCACGGCUUCGCCUUCGCCAGCCACCUUCUCUGGGACCCUGCCAGGUGGGACCGCUUCCCUACCUCGGAGCCCGACCAAUCGCAGGACUCCAUCAAGUUUGUGCAACGCUUGCUGGUCGAGGACUACAACGAAACGAUCCCUGCUGGCUGUUCAUCACCGACGAUCAUGGCAUGGCGUCUCGUCGACACUACGCUGCUGCUCUAGCAUGCAUCAUCCUUCUUUCAGAUAUAUGCAUGCACCACCGUCCACUGCAAACUAUGGCAGCUUAUUAUUAAGUAGUUCCCUAGCUAGAUCCACAUAUACGAGCUCGAGCUAGCAGCGAGCUCGAUCAAUCAUCUAGGAAGAUAAUUAAAAAAACCCUGCAUAAUUACACACUACUGUAUUAAUUAAUAAUGAUGUACCCUGCAAUAUAUAUGCAUGAUUUUUAUAAAUAUGUUGGAUGAAAUACGUUCCAAAAUGUAUGUUGUAUUUUGCUUUUCUAGGUACAUAGAUUGUCCUGUAACCCUACUACUACUACAUUGUUUGAAUAUAAUAGGUGUGUUUUUGCU